GUUUCAUCUUCUUCAACUCUAUAUAUAACCACAAGCUACACUUCCUUUCUUUCCAGUGAAUUUUCCGAUCAGUGAAGAGGAGAAGCUCACCGGUGAACCUCGCCGGAAAAUGGACGAGUCAUGGAGGAUGCGGAUAGGAUUAACGCCAGCUAUCCCUAGCCGGCGAUCCAUGGAAGACCAUUCAAAUUCCCGGACAAGGAGGUCCAUCUUCUCCAUCGCCGGCGCCUCCGAGCCGGAAACCUUGGACGCCGACGACUUCUCUGACGUCUUCGGGGGGCCGCCGCAAAGCCUCCUCGUGCACAAGUUCUCCAGGUCAAAUUCAUUCUACGAGGAAAUGCUACGGCCGUCGGAUUUCACUUCUUCGCCGCCGCCGCCGCCGCCGCCGAAGAGCUGCCGGAGUGUGCCGGUGUUCAGGAUUCCGGCGAAGAAUGAGUCGUUUUACAGCGAUAUAUUCGGGUCGGACGAUGAACGGAGAUCGAUGGAGCUGUCCGGGUCGCAAUCGAUAGCGAAAUCGAAGUCGAAUUCGUCGUCGGCGGUGAGUUCAGAGGAGCUGAGCCCUCUCCGGCCGGCGAUCCGUGAUGACGUGGCAUUAUCCGCCUUUUCUUCAAAUCUCAGGCCAAUUAAUACCCCAUGUAGAUGGAACUCAUCCACUAUGAUGCCUGAGGAACACCCAAUUAAACCAGAGAGGCCACUUUUUUCAUGCAAUGGUCAGCCAUUUGACAUGCAGAGUCAGGAUAAUGAGUAUAAGGAGAACUUCAAAAGUCCUCAUGUAGGAUUCACAAGAAGAGUCUCAUCCCCAGAAACAAUCAGUCUUGAAUCCAAUUCAUAUAAAAGCAUCAAAGUAUCCGGUGAUGACUGGGAAGUCAACUCCCCAUUUUCUGCUGUCUCUGGACUUUGUCAAGAACCUGAAUCAAAGUCUUCAGUUCAUGAUCAUGUGCUUCCAGAACUAGUUAUAGAGCAGGAUGAUGAUUAUGAUAGUGAUGAUGAUGAAGUUAUGAGCUCCUAUGUCAUAGAGGUCAACUCCAACCUCAGAGAGGAGUAUUGUGAAACAACAGGCAUUGAUGAAGCAAUUGCGUGGGCCAAAGAAAAGUUUCAAUCACAUAAAUCUAAUGAAGAAUCAAGCUUGCGAAACGACGGCAAUGAGAAAACUCCUGGGAUGGAAGGAAGGCCUGGUCCAGGUGAUUACCAUAAUGGUGGGAUCGGAAUAGUUAAAUCUCCCCAGAAGGUACAGACAGAAACAGAGAAGUUGGACAGAGAUGUAAGAUAUUGGUCAUCUGGCAAGGAAACUGACAUCAGGACACUGCUUUCAACACUACAUAGUAUUCUGUGGCCUGAGAGUGGCUGGUAUGCUGUUUCUUAUAUGAGCCUAAUAGAAAGCUCACAAGUGAAGAAGGCCUAUCAGAGAGCAAGAUUAUGCCUCCACCCAGACAAAUUGCAGCAAAGAGGAGCAACACAGCUGCAGAAGUACAUAGCAGAAAAGGCUUUCUCCAUUCUUCAGGAUGCAUGGACUGCAUUUAUUUCUGAAGAGGUUUCCUUCUAACCUGCGGAUGACUCCAAUUCCUGAUCACUCAGUUUUGGUUUAAAGCUUGUGGACAAACACCAAGUUAGACAUUUGAAAUGAUGGAAGUGUUUGUUUCCGCUUAGCAAAAAUACACAUAAAGUAAAUGAGUUUUGAAAACAGCAACUUCUUUGUAUAAAUAGUUGUCUGAUAGAAGUAGAACCACUGUUUUGUUUUGUUUGUAUCAGAACUUGUUUGAUGCUUUUGUAAGUAUUAUUUUGGAAGUAGUUAAUAGAAAGUUAUUUAAUUGGUUUCAACA